AUGGACAAAGACCAAGAGAAGGCGCUCGAGGCGGUCGCCAACCAGGAAAGUUCCAGUGACGACCAGAAGCACACUCCCGCACCUACGGCGGGAAGUGAUCCGAUGAACCAGAAUAAGGUCACUGGGGAGGAAAGAGCCACAGAAAGAGGAGCGGAUUCAAUUGGAGCAUCACAGCUGGAUGUUACCAUUGGCGGAACGAAUGAGCAGGAUAAAAAUGCGAACCUGACUCAAGUGGAAGAGAGAAACACAAAGGUCACCGAAGAGGAACUGGCUGAGCUGGGAUUGGAUGACCUUUCACUGAACGGUAAAACCGCAGGCGAUGACCUUUGGGCAACUCCAAUGGUCUCAGAUGAGUCAAACGAAUCAUACUUCACGGAUGACGAAGCGACGAUGAAUAUGUCCUUCCAAACUGCGAUGAAGGAAGCCGACCGCGCUGAAGGUAUGACACGAUUUAAGGACAUACCAGAGCACCUCAUUGAACGGACACAAACUGGAAAGGUCAUCAAUGUACGACCGCCAUCACCGAACAGUCCCACGUCAACUUUGAAAAGACGUGUAAAGGAAUUGGAAGAAGAACUCGAAGUGAAGGAAGGUCAGGUGAUGAAAAAAAGACAGGAAUACCAAACCCAGAUGGGAUCCCUCAAUGCUCGUAUUUAUGAAUUGGAGCAACAACAGGCUUAUUUGGAGAACACGGCGGACGAAUGGAAGAUCAAAUACGAGCGCCAAAAAGAACUCGCUGAGGAGUACCUGAAAAUGGUAGAUGACAGAGAAAUGGAAGGUCAUCUUGCAGUCAGUGACCUUAACGAGAGUAUGUCCGAGGAAACAGCGGAAAGGUCACGGCAUUUGGCAGAAUUGAAGGACGAAUGCGACUCCCUGAAACAAAAGGUCACUGAAGCAGAAGCCAAGAGAGAUGAUUAUGCGACUAAACUUGCCGAGGCUACCCAGCGACUACUGACAAACACUACCGAAGUGUUUAAACUCAGGAAUGACCUGAAGCUGCGUGACGAGAAUAUCGGGAUCCUCCAGAAGGAAUCAUAUGAUCACCAGAGAAGGGCCGAUGAAGCCGCCAGGGUGGCCAAGGAACAUGAAGAAGAGAACCAGGCGUUGAAAGAAGAUAACCGAAAGGUAUCCGAAGAGAUCAACGAGUUAAAAGGAACCGUUAAGACAAUUGCCGAACAGGGCAUGAGGUGGGAGCAUGAGGCACACCUCUUGGACGUAAAGGUCACGGCGCUUGGGUUGAAAGAUAAAGAAUGGCAACAAACAGUUCACCAGAAGACGCAGGAAAUCAUCAAACUCAACACGGAGCUGAUUGAUAUGACCCAAACGGCGAUGACAAGAGAAGAUGAGGUCACCCAGUCGAAAAACCAAUUGAAAGCAUCAGCUGAGGAAUACAUGAUGUUGGAAAGGGAUGUGACCCAGUUGGCAGAACACAUUAAAAAAGUGGAGAACGACACUGAAAAGGUCAUUCAGGAGAAAACAUUCCAGCUCCACCAACACAUGUUGAAGGUCAAGGAGGAAAAUCAGAACUUGAAAACUGAGAGGGAAGAAUUCCAGCUGAAAGUCAAACGCCUCGAAGACGAGAAUAAGGCCCUCAACAUGUCGAACAAACACAAGGAUGAACAGCUGUUGCAAUACGGAGCAAAGAGAAUCAUUACUGAGAAACAGGCCGUGGGCUUCCUAAUUGAAGGAUGUAGGGUGGAUAAUGAACUCUACAAGGCACUGCGCAUACAGAAGUGCAAGACGCCAACGGACGUAAAGGACUUCUUCCGACAUUGGGCAACGGGCGAGGAAAAGUAUAAGGCGCCGAAAGGUCGACGUAAUCAGGAAUACGUGACCAUCCGGCAAGGCCAAGUGGAAAAUGUACCGCAACAGAGGAUGACAGCUGCACCAGUCCAACAGCCAGUGGAAUACCAUGUGGAAACCCCGGUCAGAGAGGUCACGGAAAAGGUAACCUUUAUCGACAGUCAGACGGGGCAGCCGAUAACCUAUGCGAUGGUAGCGGCGAUACAAGCGGCGGCCCAACCUAAAGGUCAAAAGACGUCUGGAACCGUGGAGAAGGAAGCGCAACCUAAAGGUCAAGAGAGUUCCGUGUCUAUGGAACAACCGAAAGGUCACGAGACUUUGAAAGAAGAUGGGAAAGAAAAGGUCAUGCUCCCCAUAGAAAAAGCGGCAGUAGAUGCAGAAGCGGACUCCGCGCGACAGGUGGUUCAAAAAUCGCUGUUUACACUGUUGAAAGAGGCUUCAGCGACGGAGAAACCGAAAGGUCAAGAGAUUCCACUGACGACCGAGAAAUCCAAAGGUCACGAGACUUAG